AUGUUUAUUCUUACUUCAGCUCUGGAGCUCGUCGGACCAAACUAUAGGUCGUUCAUUACCGUGAUGACGUGCAUGUUUUACACACUCGGUCUGGUGUUGUUGUCCGGCGUUACGUACUACGUGCGAAAUUGGGUGUACUUGGCGUUGGUGACAUCCACCCCGUUUACCCUGUACUUUAUUUACUGGUGGUUCCUACCGGAAUCGCCAAGAUGGUUGCUGGCCAAAGGUCGGAUCGAAGAGGCGUUGAAAAUACUCGAAACCCUUGCCAGGAUCAACGGGACCGUGCUCCCAGAUUCGUUCAAAAAGAAGCUGAAGCAAAAAAUKAUGAUGCAGCGCACUCUGAGUGAAGAAAAACGUUUGAAAGAGGGGCCAGGAGUGUUGGCUUUGUGCCGGACGCCGAACAUGCGGCUAAAGACCAUUCUGAUAACUUUCAACUGGUUCGCCAACGACAUGGUUUAUAUUGGACUGAGUUAUUACGGUCCUUCGUUGGGACAAAAUCAAUAUUUGAGUUUCCUGCUGUCGUCUGUCGUAGAAGUGCCUAGUUGUCUGGUAUGUUGGCUGCUCAUGGACCGGUGGGGUCGACGGUGGCCCCUGUGCCUAGCGAUGACAUUGAGCGGCAUCAGUUGUAUCGUUACCGUCACCUUACCCCCAGAUGCUGUGAUAACUACGUUGGUCUUAUUUUUGUUUUCAAAGUUUACGAUAUCGGCUUCGUUUUUAAUAAUCUAUCCAUUUGCCGGUGAACUUUAUCCGACACAAUUGCGUGGCGUUGGUAUUGGAACCUCUGCGUACAUUGCUGGUCUUGGUUUGGUUUUAAUACCAUUUAUUAAUUAUUUGGGACGUGAAAAUUUAGUUUUGCCGCUGUUAAUUAUGGGUAUACUAUCGGUGAUUGGUGGGAUUACUGGUCUCCGUCUUCCAGAGACAUUACAUUAUAAGUUACCGCAGUCGGUCGAAGAGGGAGAAGAAUUCGGAAAGAACUGGACUAUGGCGGAUUGUAUAACCUGUGUUCCCAAAAGGUGA